AUGGGGGUGGAGGGGGCGUUCGUGCAGGGGCAGGGCUUCUUCACCACGGAAGAGGUGCUGGUGGACGAAGCUAUCGGGAAGCUGCUGUCAUUCGACACCGUCUCCCUCCUGCAUGGGACAGCCAACAAGCAAGGCGUGCUCUCCUCCAAAUAUGACCCCCACCUUCUCUCUCACUGCCCUCAUCCACUCCCUUUGCUCUCCACCCUCUCGCUUCUGCUUCUCCGUCGUUCACUCCGCUCUACAGCCCUCUCUUCAUCUGGCGAGCCCCCGCUGCUACUUGCUGUCUCCAUCCACUCCGCCAUCCUCCACGCCAUUGCCGCUGCUCGCCACCAGUUCGCCCAUUGA